CUGUCACUGAAAGCAUGCCUGUUUGUUUGGGGUUUGCCGGUAGAUCGCCAGUACGAUAGAAACGAAGCAUUUUCUGCACAAAAUCAAUAUUUUACGAAUAUUUUAAAAUGUUUUACAUUAUUGGACUUGGUCUUGGUGAUCCGGAGGACAUCACCGUGAAAGGGCUGAACAUAAUCAAACAGUGCGAACGCGUUUAUUUAGAAUCGUACACGUCGGUGCUGUGCUGUGGACAGGAGAAAUUGGAAGAAUUCUACGGCAGAAAACUCAUUCUAGCUGAUCGAGAAAUGGUCGAGCAACGGGCCGAUGACAUCUUGGAGGGAGCCGAAAGUGUAUCGGUAGCGUUCUUGGUCGUCGGUGAUCCGUUUGGCGCUACCACGCACACCGACCUGAUGCUUCGAGCGAAGGAAAAAGGCAUCAAAACAUCGAUCGUUCACAAUGCUUCAAUUAUGAAUGCCGUGGGUUGCUGUGGACUGCAGUUGUAUCAUUUCGGUGAAACUGUGUCCAUUCCAUACUGGGACGAUAGCUGGAAGCCGGACAGUUUUUACGAUAAAAUCGUUGCCAAUCUGAAACACGGACUGCACACGCUAUGCCUUUUAGAUAUCAAAGUAAAGGAACCAACGUUAGAAUCGUUGAUGAAGAAAAAGCGCGAAUACAUGCCGCCACGGUUUAUGUCCGUUAGCGAAGCGGCAGACCAGUUGCUGCAGAUUGUCGCCAAGAAGUCGGAUGCAGAAGCUGGCGUUCAGCCUGACCAGCAAAACGAACACGGGCUAAGCGAAAACACGCUUAUUGUCGGUCUUGCGCGAGUGGGCCAUGACACACAGCAAAUUCUAGCAUGUUCGCUUAGCGAAAUGAGAAACGUCGACCUAGGACCACCGUUACAUUCGCUUAUCAUUCCCAAUGGGCAGCUUCAUCCGUUGGAAAUGGAAUUUCUGCAGCAGUUCGCCGAACUAAAGCAACAAAUAUUGUGAAUCAUCGCGAUGGUUUUUUGAAAUGUAACAAAAUGCCGCGUCAUUUCCGCUUUGUGGAACAGUUGUUGGAAAAUAAAAAGAAAAAAAGUCUAUGUAAAUAGCUACGUACGUAAAAGCUA